AUGUUGGCAAUUCGUGGUUAUUUCCAUUCUAUAGGGGAAAGCCAAAGAAAUAUUUGUUUAAUCCCUGUAUCUGCCCACGGAACUAACCCAGCUACUGCACACAUGGCUAAUUUUAAAGUUGUUCCAGUUGAAUCAGAUAAACAUGGAAAUAUUAAUUUUAAAGAUCUCUCUGAUAAAUGUGAACGUUUUUCUUAUGAAUUAGCAUGUGCAAUGAUUACAUAUCCUUCAACUCAUGGAGUUUUUGAAUCACAAAUUAAAGAAGUUUGCAAUAAAAUACACGAACAUGGCGGUCAAGUUUAUUUGGAUGGUGCUAAUUUUAAUGCCCAGGCAUGCCUUUGCAGGCCUGGAGAUUAUGGAAGUGAUAUUUCCCAUUUGAAUUUACACAAAACUUUUUGUAUACCUCAUGGUGGUGGAGGACCAGGAAUGGGACCAAUUGGAGUUAAAUCACAUCUUGCACCCUUCCUACCUGGACAUCCAAUAAUACCACAAAAUGGAGAAAAUAGAUAUGAUGGCGUUGUGAGCGGUGCCCCUUGGGGAAGUGCCAGUAUUUUGCCAAUUACUUGGGCAUAUAUUAGAUUAAUGGGUAUUUCUGGUUUAAAAAUUGCCUCACAAAUGGCUAUUCUUAAUGCUAAUUAUAUGGCAAAAAGAUUAGAAAAUGCUGGUUAUCGAGUUGUUUACAGAGAUGAACAAGGCUUGAAUGCUCAUGAAUUUAUUAUAGACUGCAAACCUUUCAAGCAUGUUAGUAUUGAAGUUGAUGAUAUUGCUAAACGUUUAAUGGAUUUUGGAUUUCAUGCACCAACAAUGCAUUGGCUAGAUUUUUAA